GAGCUCGGCGUGAUUGACAGUCGUCGGUUGCUUUGUGCGUGGAUGUCGAGUGGCCCACUGCUGCAAACUGCUCUGAAAAAGAAGAGAAAGCCAGACUUUUGACAUGGGGAGUAAAAUGUCCUUCAGCAGAGGAAGCAGUGACCAAAAUACAGUCUCUGAGUUAACUUCUGUGACACCUCUUCCUCCCAAUUCCAUUCAUGCCCCUUCGGACUGCAAGCAGAUACCAGAAGAUAUAAGAUGCAGUGAGGAAGACCUGGACUCCAGGUGGGGGGACGAAAUGAAAGCAACAGACCUGACUGGAACUGCCCCUGAGUCCCACUCAUCAGGGCACCUGGAGUCUGAUGGCCAUGUUAACUCUGAAACAGUGGGCAGGACAAACAGCCAACGAAGUGCGUGCCCAUCAUCACAGGUAGGGAUGAAAACAAAGCGUCAAGUGACUCCUGCAGUUGUGUGCAGCUCAACAACAGACAGUCGUGGACAGCCUACGGAGGUCUGCAAAAGACGCGGACGCCCUCGAAAAGCAAAACUGCUGUCGACUGAAGACAAAAAAGAUCCCGAUCCUGCUGGUCUUCAUGCAGUGCAACAUAAGGAGAUCAGUACGACCAUACCUUUACCAGCAUUCUUAGAAAACCACAACAGUGGAGAUGUGCCUGACACUGUACAUGGUCCUUUAAUCAAUAAUUCUGGCCCUCACACCGUCUCUGAUGGUAAAGUAGAAGACGAUGUCCCUGUGCUGUCAAAAAGAAGAAGAGGAAGGCCAAAAAAAUCAGAAAUCAUAGCUGUCAAAAACACCUUUGCUACUGCCAGUGCCCCUGCUGCCUCCACUCAUGCUAACAAUAUCAAUGGUCCGGCACGGAGACUGAGGAGUAGAGGAGAGCAGCAGCCUCCGACACAAGAUGGAAAUACUGAAUCUGAUAGCAAGGUAAAACCCAAGGAAUCUGAACUGACUCCUCCAGGAAGUAGUAAUACACCCAAGUUACAAGGUGUUAAAAGAAGGAGGCCUAAACUGUCUGUUCAGCGAGUUCCAGCUAAAGUGUCCAGACUGGAGGAUUCCCAGGCGGCCUCGUCGGUGUUGAGCAAUGACACAGGCUGUGGGGAGAGAGCAGAGACAGAUAAGCAGGUGGAACUAAACACUGACAAACAAGAGACUGAUACAGAUGGAAAGGAAGGUCUGUGCUGCCCACAGUCCAGAGAAGGACAAGAGCAACGUAAAAAACGAAAGGAAGGAGUAUUACCACAAAGAACACUGCGUUCCCAGGUGGCAGCUGAGCCUGAAGUUAUUCCUUUAGAGGAUUUUAACAAUCUAAACUUGGCAAAUCCUACUCAAAGUGAUGAACCUAAAGUAAAACAGUCAGUGGAAAUGAAUGGGGGCGAGGAGUCACAAUCAAAAAGCAGUCCCAACUCUGCAAAGAACUCAAGGUUGCAGAGUUCAGAAUUCAGUACAGAGCUCUCUCACACUGAUGUUGUCAUGAUGUUGUCUGAAGAAAAACCUAAACCUGUCGGGAGCCCCCCUGCUUUGAAAACUGAGAAUACAGAGGUAGAGCUGGAUCAUUUAAAUCCUGUGUCGGAGUCGAGCAGUCCUAAAUCUUUACAAUACAGUGCCAACACCGCAGUUAAAUCUGAGGGUCCGUACAUUCAGCGAAACACUUUCAGGCGCAAGAGAGGUGGCAAGAGAAGGAGGAGAUUAAGUAAUGUGUUGUUACAGAAAGAGCAGCUCGUCGAAGGCCAUGAAGGCACCGCUGACGCUCAACAAAAAGCAGACUGUGAUGACACAGACAAGGACGUCAAGUCAAAUACUGACACAAAUGUCAUCUACACUAAAAAAGGAGGGAAAACUCUGUUGAAGUGUGGUUACUGUGGUCGUACAUUUAAAUUUCUGUCUCAGUUCAUCAUCCAUCAACGGAUUCAUACUGGAGAGAGACCUUUCAAAUGUCCUGAAUGUGGCAAAGGUUUUAGCAAAAACUCAAACUUAAAUCUUCAUCUCAAGACACACAGAAAGAGCAACAUAUAUCAAAAAUGCCCGUUUUGCAAGAUCAAAUUCUCUUGCUCUGAGUAUGCCUCGCAUAUGAAAAUGCAUGCACAUGAGUUGGACCAGGAGCGUGAGAACAGCAAAUCUGAAAAACGGAGCAGAGGAAACAAUCACGAGAACAGUGAGGGACAUCACACACCAGUUUCCCCAGAAAAGAGACAAAGAAAAGUGUGUCAAUACUGUGGUAAAACAUUCCCGUUUCAGUCUGCCCUCAUAAGACAUGUGCGUGUCCACACAGGGGAGAAGCCUUAUAAAUGUGAUAUAUGUGGCAAAGCUUUCGGUCAGGCCUAUUUCCUCCGUGUUCACGAGCUGACACAUUGGUCUGUGAAGCGCUACAAUUGUACACGCUGUGAAAAAUCGUUCACUCAUUAUAGCAAUGCCAAAAAUCACACAUGUAGACCUACGGGAAGCGGUGACGAAUCGCAGCCCAGCAGACGCGUAAAGCCUUCGCUAACGUACACGUGCCACAUCUGCAAGAAUGUUUUUGACCAUUUGCAGGAGUUCAACAGUCACAUGAGAGCCCACACCGGCGCAAAGCUUUAUCGCUGCUUGUAUUGCGACAAGCUUUUUGGUGUGCUGUCUGAAUUUAAUUCCCAUCGCAAUCAGUGCAGAGGAGAGAGAAACGCCUCCAGCUCUGAGAUAAAGGAGGAAGAGACGAUGUCGUUAAUACAGUACACGGUGCCUGCUCUGAGGUGUUCGUCAGGACACAAUUCAGCUUCUCCUCUCACAGCUGCAAAAUGUGAAACACCAAAAAAACAAUCCCAUGCCAGCCGCAAGAAACGCCUCACUAACCUAAAGAAACCAUUCCAGUCCACAGUCAUACCGGCUCACCAUCUCUCACACCUCGUGUCCAAAUUAAACAAACUAGACAACAGGUCCGACCCCAGGAAAUAUCUAUGUCCGAGCUGUGGGCGACUGUUUAGACACAUGGGCAGACUCAGAGCCCACAUGCUCACUCACGCCUCGGGUCAAAGUUACACUUGUGCCUGCUGUGGUAAGACUUUAGAAAACUGGAAAAAACUGUGGCAUCACCAGAGAAUCCAUCGACAGAGACGCGGUCGCUUCACUUGUCCUCAGUGCGGCCAGGGUUUUCGGUUCGUAGAGCCUUACAAAAAACACAUGAGCGAGCACCCGGAGUUCCAGUGGAUCCAGGUCAGGCCUAAGAAAGUGUUUCUGCCUUAUCAGUGUGAGCAGUGCAGAUGCAGCUUUAAGACUCUAGACUUGCUGUUUAAUCACCAGCUCUGCCAUUCCUCAACGCAAGACACGCACAAGGACGCUGCUUUCGAUUUAUCCAUAGAUGAUCAUAGUAUACAGGCAAGCAAAAAAAUGUUUAGCCCUUCCAUAAAGAACCAUAUAGAAACAUUAUGUCCUGUACCUGAGGACAGCAACUCUCCCCUGAACCCCUUAUCCAAAUAUCUAGACCCAGUUCCUGAAGAGUCUCCUCUAGCGCCCAUGAUUUCCUUUGUCCAAAAUCAAGAUCUUGAUGUGGGUAAAGCUUCCCAGCAUCCCAGCAGCACACAUGUAAUCCAAGAUAGAGAAAGCAGUCAUGACAGAAUAGUGGAAAAUGCACUAGGGAAACCCAUCACACCUUUGAGAACUGUGAAAAGACACGCAACCCAAAAUGCCAGCAUAUCAAAUGAAGGGUCUUCAGAUGGCAUUAAAUGUGCUGUGUGUGGUAAUACAUAUCCUGCCAUUUCAGACCUUUAUCACCACUACUUGCAGCAUGCCAGAGGCCAGGUGUGAUAACCUAAAUGGAGAUACGUUUCCCCAUCUAUAUGUACAUCAUGUGUUUUACAUUGUUUAACACAGAGGUCCUGUAGUCCUACUGUAGAAAAGAUAAAAACAUUGUCUAUCACAUACCUGGAAAAGUUUUGGAAAAAUUUGCACAGAUAUUUUGCUUCAGUACAUUGAUGAAGCAGCCCUGGAAUAAUGUGAUUGGCUUUUUGACAAUGAUUUGAAGACAGAAAUUGAACUAGAAAACAUCAGUUCAAACACCAAGCAUCUUGGUUUUUUAUUCAUAUUCGGAAAAGGACGCUGCCCGUCCAGCAUUUCACAGAAUCAGCAACUGAUCAGACGUCACUGAACUCAUUCAUAAACUCUUUAUUUUAUAGAGUUUAUAUAUUAAAUGUGCAGAUCAUGUUUUUUUAAAUCAUGUCCAUGGAUAAGUUAAGUGAAUAGUCCCAUGUAUAGUUUUACAAAUCACUCACCUCGUCACGAUGCAUUCAUUUACUGUAUGACCACUGUGAAUUUAAUAUCAAAUAUCGAUAUCAUGAAGAUCUGUUGUUAACUAAUGCAAGUCAAACCAUUACUCAAAAUGUUGCAGAGGAUGUGUUGCACUGAUUCCAGAUUUGGUUUCCUCUGGUCUACAACAAGGAUUUACAUUUUAUGUAUUUACAUUUUUAAGGUCGGUGUCAGCUUCCAUCACGCACAAGGUUGUCAAAGAGUUUGCAUCUGUUGUGCACUUGUAAAAUUAUGGCUGAAAUCAAGUGAUGCUAAAUUUUCUGCACAAUAUACUGACAAACACACACAUUCCACACCUGCUGCACAAGUGAGUUUUGUUGAACUUCCACUGCUGUUUGCUGCUUCUGAAAAACUACAUUUUUAUGCUUCGAUGUUGGGCUUGGUUUUGUUUAAAUCAUGAAAAAAGAUGGCAGUUCAAAAAAUGUUUCCCACGUGGACAUCCUGAUCUGUUGUAUAUAGUUUUAUGCUAUAGUUUGUCUUAAAAACAAUAAAGGUCACUUUUGUA